AUGAGUUCAGGGAAUGAGAAUAACAAAGAAGAUCUACCUGCAACCGAAAGCACUAAUGGGACUAGGAAUGAACAAUUUGAUGACGAUUACCAGAAAAAAUAUUGGUCAACCCUAAAAUCAUCCAUCAAUAAACAAAUAGAACAACUUAAUCAAUCAAACCUCAAAACUACAAUUCUUGAUUUAUUCAAAUUGAACAUACUACGAGGUCGAGGAUUGUUAGUCAGAUCAAUUAUGAAAAAUCAACUCAAUAUUACAAAUAAAACACAAUUAUAUGCAUCAUUAAUUAGUGUAUUGAAUUCAAAAGUACCAAAAAUUGGAAAACUAUUGUCAAGUAGACUUAUACUACAAUUCAAAUCAUCAUAUAUGGCAAAUGACUAUAAACUAAGUCACUCUUCUUCUUCCUUUAUUGGCUAUUUAACAAUUUUUGAAGUAGUUAGUGAAGUUUCAGUUUUACAAAUAUUACAAUUGUUAUUGGAAAAUCCAACAAAUGGAGAUAUUGAACUAGCUACUAAAUUAUUUCUUAUAGUGGGGAAAUUUUUGAAUGAAAAAUCAAAACCAGCUACUACGAUGAUACUAAAUAGAUUUAAAGAUCUUAUUCAGGAGAAUGAAGAAUUAAGUCAUAAGUCAAAAUCAUCGAUAAAAGCUAUACUUAGACAUGGUCAAACUGAAUUUAAAUCAAUCCCUAAGAUACCAGAUGAAUUGAAUUUGGUAAACGACGAAGACAAAGAAACUCAUAUAAUUGAUAUAUCAGAUAAAAUAAAAUCUCGAGACUACCUAAAUUUGUAUAUUUAUGAUGAAAAUUUCGAAAGUAAUGAAAAAGAGUAUGAAAAAUUACGAGAUGAAAUCUUGGGCGAAGAUGAUGAAGCAGAGAAUGAAGAAGAAAUAUCCAAAGAUACUCAACUAGCAAUAUCUGAACCGGCUCCAGUAAUUUCCGAUUUAAGUCAAUCUGAAUUAUCACAAUUUCAAAAACAAGUAUAUCUUACAGUGAUGUCAUCAAUGUCAUCAGAUGAAGCAGUUUUUAAACUUCUAAAACUCAAAUUUAAUCAAACCAAAUCAAAUUCCAAUUCAGAAGAUAGUAAAAUUUUGUCUGAUAUGAUCAUAAAAUGUUGUUCCCAAGAAAAAACAUAUUCAAAAUAUUUUGGAGUUAUUGGAGAAAAAUUAUGCAGUAAAAAUUUUCAUUGGCAAAACAAUUUUAUUGAAUUAUUCAAAUAUUAUUAUUCAAACAUUGAGAAUUUUGAUACAAAUAGUUUAAGAAAUACAGGUAAGUUUUUCGGUCAUUUGUUUGCAUCAAAAUCUGUCAAAUUACAAAAAGCAUGGAAUGAAAUAAAAUUAACUGAACAAGAUACAAAUGCUCCAAAAAGAAUUUUAUUGAAGUUCAUAUUUCAGGAAAUGGUUGAAGAAAUGGGUAUUAAUGAUUUGAAGAAAGCAUUGUUGAAUGAUGAAAAGGUCAAAUUUUCCAUUGGUGGUAUUUUCCCAGUUAUAGACGUAACUCCAAAAGAUACAGAUCACGUUAGAUUCUCAAUCAAUUUUUUCACAGCUAUUGGAUUAGGUGUCUUAACUGAAGAAUUGAGACAAGUAUUAACAAAUUUGGAAGAGAUGGGUUCUAGAGGAAGAAGCAGAAGUGUUUCGGGCUUGAGCAGACUGGGCUCAAGUUAUUCAAGGAGUUAUUCAAGAAGUUAUUCAAGAAGUUACUCAAGAAGUAGAUCAGGUUCAGGUUCAAAAAGUUUUUCAAGAAGUAGAUCAGGCUCUCGAGAAUCUUUUUCAAGAUCCCCGAUUGAAGAAAGAGGUAGAACAAAAGAAACAAAAAGAAGUGAGAAUGACUCAAGAACUCCUUCUCGUGAACCACUCAAGAGAAAAAGAUCUGAUUCUGAUGAUGAUUCUAGAACUAGAUUAAAUAAAAUAUUAAAUGCAAUGAAUUAA